GCACCGGUACAGCACCGGUACGUCGAGUCAAUCUUAAGACCUCAAGCCCCCCCCAGAUCCGCUCUGUGGCAGGGAAGCAGGAUAGGGGGAAUGCCGGCACACCCGUACAGGUGUUAGCCAACCGGCGAAGCGACUUUCUACCAUGGGCCUGUCUAUCGCUGCCUUCGAUCAAUGCCGGAAAACCGGUACCAGUACCGUACUGUGCUGUGUCCUAGGUGUGUCCCCGUGCUGCAGGUCGGCCUUGAGCCAUCCUUACGAAUUCGGCACCCUUGUUCCUGCUGAGUAAGGAGGGCAGUAAAAAUAAAAUAGAAAUGGCCGCGCCAAGACCACAAAGCUGGGGGUGAAGCUUUUCUUGACGAUCACAGACUGCCUUCUUCGCCAUUCAAUCAUCAACCUGCAGGCCCCAACUGUCCAAGCGAAAUUAUUUUCCCCCCUGCAGUCCAUCCCAUCCCAUCUAUUUCCCCGGCAUUCUUCACUCCGACGUAAAGUCAUGGAAGCGGAACUAAAAGAAUACAAAUUACAGGUAAGCCCCCAUCCCUUGCCACUUCUUCCCCUGCCGGUUUGUCUAGCGGGGGCUAACGGCUAACGUCUCCAUUGUCUGCUGUUUAUAGCUUGAGUCUGUUGAAGCUGCGCUCAAAGCAGAUCCCGAAAACCCAGAGCUGGUAGGCCUGGUCAAGGAACUGAAGGAGGUUAUCGCACUGACAGAAUCCCUUCUCGCCGAACAAGCCGGCCGCGCCCCGUCUCCUCCUCCUCCCUCCCACCACCACAAUCGUAGCCACGCCAGUCACAGCAAUAAACGGGAUUUACCUAGCGCUUCCAAUGAGGUAGGAGGCGCAGGAGCGGGAAGUAGUAGUAUUUAUGCAGUUGGUGACAACGUCCUCGCGAGAUGGACGAGCGGUGAUAACCAGCUUUAUCCAGCCAGGAUUACCUCGGUGAUGGGAUCACAGCAAAACCCAGUCUACAUCGUCAAAUUUACCCAAUACAGCGCUACAGAGACCCUACACGCGCAGCAUAUCAAGCCGGCCUCAAACUUUGCUAGCAAGAAGCGUAAGCUCGACAGUUCACCUAUUCGCAGCAAUGGAAAUAACAUCGGUCCCUCCUCUGCUUCAUCUACCCCCACUGCUUCUGCUAUCUCUAACAGCGCCAUUAUCUCGCAGCCCGCUACUAUAAACACCGAAUUGGCAGAGGCGAGCAGGCGAGAAUCCAGCAAGGCUGCCGAUGGCCCCUCGAAAGUCGCGAAAACAGGGCGGAAGAUUGCACAAAAGAAGGUCCUCGAGGAGGGCAAAAAGAAGUGGCAGGACUUUGCUUCCAAGGGUGUAAAAGGCAAGACUGGGAAGGCGAAAAAGAUAGGCGAGAGCAGCAUGUUUAGAACCCCGGAGGGUGUGCAUGGUCGAGGUUCGUGCACGUUUUAUAUUUGGCCGCCCUUACCUCUGGAUAUAUGUUCCGAGAAUCACUGGCUGACUUUUCCUCUAUAGUUGGUUUCACGGGGUCCGGGCAGCCUAUGAGGAAGGAUGUUGCCCGAGGGAAACACGUCUAUCAUCAGGGGGAGGAGGAAGACUAGGCUUUUGAGAUUGGGAGUAUCUUUUGGGGAUCACUAUCCCAUCCCUCCUCCGUCCUUUCUCGUUUUGGAGUUUUAUCCUACCGACCGCCUCAAGCUGACGGAUGCUUUUUCCCCUCUUCGACCGUAAUCCCACGUCUGCCCAAUCGAAGCAAAAGUUUUUUUUUUCCGAAUAAACGAGGAGAGAUGAUUAACGAAUGCCGGCCUUUUUCUUUCUUUCUAUCUGGGAAGUACAGGAGCAGUUUGUACAGCAAGUCUGCAGUCUCUCAUAUUUCUUCGGAGUUUGUAACUGGUUUCUCUUUACCUCUUUGUUUUAUUUUCUUCAUUCAUUUUCACGUUACGGUCACCAGAUCUAUUGCUAAGAUGGGAUAGUGAGAUUUGGUUUCAGUUUUCCUGCUUCAGAGGGACUCUAGGAAGGCAUGGACGAGGUAUGGCCCUAGUAUCAUACCGGAUGAUAGGGACUGGAUAGCGAUGUUUUCUGAAGAUGUUCCCCAUACCCUAUUCGAUUUCUCUUUCUUUUCACAUCGUUUGAUUUGAGGAUGACGCUGAUGAGGACGUGAUAUUGCAAUGCACCUUCGGCAGCUAUUAUUAUGAUACCCCGGAGCCUACUUUGAACACUUUCCAGUACCCCCCCCUCUCAUGGCGGUAUCCGGUCGUUCGCGAACGCGAGCGAAUUGGUUUGGCAAGGCUGCUGCGGCUCGAGGUUGGUAUAACUCCUGAUAUGCUGCCCACUAAACGAACGGCCUAUCGCGUCAGCCAUAAUGCCAAAGCCAAAGAUGUCUCUCUCAUUACUGAA